CAACGCUGCAAACAGCUGUGAGUGAUAAACAACAAUGGAGGAUUCUUUGACGAGUCAGGCCAUUGCCGAGCUUAUGCGCGAAAUCGAAAAUCAGAAUAACACAUCUGUCGUGCAGCAAGAGAGAAAAGUGAAUCCUCUAGGCGGUAAACCAAACAAAAACUUCCUAGGACGAACCAUUAAUUCUGCAUUAAUCCAUAAUAGGCGCGAAACCGAAAGAACUUAUGCAAAUUGUCAGCAAAAGCUCCAGGAAAUGGAUGACAGAUAUGAGCGACGAAAGUACAAUUCAUUUUACAAUAGAAGCAGAAGCAAAAGUCGCAGCAGGCGGCGAAGACAGAGCAGUAGCUUCAGCUCGGACAGAAAUCGGAGUCGCAGUCGAAGUCGAAGCCGACGCAGCAAAAAGAAACAUAAGAAAAAGCAUACCAAAAGCAGCAAAAAACAUAAGAAAUCCAAGCAAAGGCGCCGGAGCACCAGCAGAAGCAGCAGCUGUAGUUUCCGUAAAGAUAAAGAGAGGGAUAAAACCCCGAUGUCCAAUGAUCAUGGGGCAGAUCAGCCAAUACCGCCAUCAGAGCUAUUUCUGCAGCAUUCCAAGAACAUGGCCUUGGCUGUGGCUAUGGCUUAUGGACAGAGUAUGUUUGCUCAAUCGUCGGAAGAAUUGACAAAAGAAACCGUCCCCGCCGAUUCAUCAAUGAGUGAUAUAUUUAAAGAGCUAAUGUCUGAUGAUGAAGAUGAUGAUAAGGAUAAGAACAGGGAACAUAUUUCAAAGCAACCACUUGAAUCCCUUUCCCUUUCCUCAUCAAGUGACAGUAACCACGAAGUGUUGACCAUCAAUGUAGACACCGAUGAGGAUCAUGAUGAUGAAUCCUCUAAAGGAAGCUUUCACCAUAGUAAGAGCCGUUCAGGUAGCUGCAUAACUCUGGAAGAUAGUACAGAUGUUUCUGAAGGAGAAUCUCUAAAGAAGGACAAUACUAGUGACCUAGAAAUAAUUGAACCCAAGCCGGAGCAACAGGCGACCAUAACACCUGUUGUGGAGCAAAAGUCAGAUUUAGAGACUGACACAGUGGAUUUGACUGAUGAUUAGUAGAAUUGAAAGUUAGCCAAAGACAUCUACAUCACAGAAAUUGAUUGAUUAUUGAAAUUAUAUAUAUGAAAUGGUUAAGUCUGUUUACUAAGAAGUUUUUACAAAUAAAUAUGAAUUCAUUUUUGUAAA